GAUGCCCCUUGUGAGCGUGCAGUGAGUGAAGAUGUGGAGAGUGGAUUCUGCACCAGGGAUGGGAGUGUGAGGGAGCCCCUGGCUCCCCAGGGCACAUCAGCAACCGGCAACGAACACAACAGGGACCUCAGAAGAUUCCUGGGUGAGUGCAGGGCCACCCCUGGGGCCUCUAGGGAGGGGCCAGUGUCCCCUCCCAAGGCCAGGGCUGGCAGGUGUGUGGCUGUUUCCCGAGGUGUGGAAGAGGCCUGGUGCUCUGCUGGGCCCCAUCAGUGGCUGGCAGCAAGAGCCCCAGCUGCCCCCAAGGCUGUGCAGCUCUCCUGCUGCAGCCUGUGCCCACAGCUGUGUCCCUGGCUGUGGCCAGAGCUGUGUCCCUGGCCGUGCCCAGGCUCUGGGCUCUCUGGCUGCCAGCUGAGCGAGGGCCACACUGGCUGAGGGCUCCCUGCUGUGCUCCCUGGGCAGGGGCUGAGCAGAUUGCAGGGCCGGCUCUGCUUCUGGCAGCCAGCAGCUCUUUCCUGCUCCAGGUGAACGGCUCAGGUGCCAUCCUGUGAUCAUGGAUGUGGUGAUCCUUCUCCUGUUCCUGGCGCUGGCUUUAGUAGUGGCCUUGGCUGUGCUGGCAGGUAAGGCAGGGGCAGCAGCCUGGGCCCAGCCCCUCGGGGCAGAGCGGGCUCCCUGCUCCCUGCAGAGGGCAAUGCUCAGACCUUCUCCUCUUGCCCCUGCAGCACGGCAGGCUCCAGUGACAACUGCCACUCCGCUGUUGGAUGUGGGCUGUCCCCCUGGCUGGGUUGGGCACAAGGGGGUCUGCUACUACUUCUCAAGAGAUUACGACACCUGGGAGCAGGGUCAGGAACGCUGCUCCGAGCUGAACGCCUCCCUGGCCAUUGCCAAGGAUGAGGAGGCCAUGGAUUUGCUCUUCCGCCUCCGCGGGAACGGCGAUUACUGGCUCGGGCUGCGCAGACGGGGCCAGCGCCUGCACUGGGGGGACGGCAGCAGCUACAGCUCCCGGGUUCCUGUCUUUGGCGAUGCCGAGUGCGUGUACCUGGCUGACGAGAGAUUCAGGAGUGAGAACUGCUCCAAUCCGCGGCCGUAUGUCUGCAGCAAGGCCCAAGCUCCCCUGUGACGGGGGCUGCAGAAAGGACCUUCUCCACGCUGGGCAGUGCCAGCUUCCCCUCUCAGCCCAGCCCAGGGCUGUCCUUCCUCAGCUGCACCCUGUGCCUUGCACUGCCUCUCAGGGUCACCUCAGUGCCUGUCCAUCCCCAGAGCCAGCGCUGGGCUGGGGCUGCAAAGGAAACGUCUCUGCAAUCCAUCCUGCCACCCAUGCUGCCUGCAGGGAGUUCAGUGCCCUCAUUAUAUGUGGGAAACAUGGCUUUCUGUUUAAAAUUAUGUUAGAAGUUUUUUUAAGGAAUAAAAUCCCACAAUUGGGUGCUUUUCUCUUUGCACACAUUUGACCUAAAUUGUUCUUUAUAUACUGUUAUAUUUUCGGUCUCUAUGCAUAUUCAUAAUAGUUUAUACAUAUUGAAACAUUUCUUGGAAUUAACAUGUUCUUUUGCUUGGUUUUAACCUUUGACUUGUCUUCCUGCCAUCUUCUUGAUUUAACGGAUAUUUUUUUUUCUUUUGGUUCAUUCUUCUUGUAUUUUCACUCCCUGCUAAUGAGGGUCAGUAGAUUUUUUUUUUUUUCCAGUUUCAGCGGUUUUAUUUCCAUGUUCUUGUCUUUUACAUAAGGCAGUCCCCGAAUAUGGGAAA